CGUCAUCCAACAACGCUAUUACGGGUUACCCCACCGCAAUUCGAUUGACAUAUCCUGACGUCUAGAAGCCUUUACACCUCGCACACAAUACCUCAGUCACUCAAUCGCUACUGUGGUGCUGGAAUCCAUCGAACGGUGUCGUGUGACCGCCUUCCGCGAUGAACUGUCCUUCGCGCACGGAUCCGGAUAUCCUGGACGGACACAACCAGAGUCCAAAUGCGCUCAAUGCAGAUGCCACAACAAGAGCAGACCUAGGAUUCGUUGUGAACACCAGAUCCCGAGAUGACCACCGGUUAGAUUGCCACAACGCGGAUGAUGACCUGGGGAUAGACCAGCGACAAGCGAUUGAGGAAGAUGGAGGAUUGAAGUCCAAAGCAUCUGAUGGGCUGCGCAGGAGAAGCGACGCGGCAAGGAAGAGCAGCCCCAGUACUGCGCAAGCAUCCCUCAGACCAUCCGCCAUCUUCAGUGUGGAUCAGGUGAUUAAUCAAUCAAAGCGUCGCGGAGGCAUCUUUGGUGGGGCUGUUGCAGUCGUUCGCAAGUACUUGAGGUUCAUAGGCCCAGGUUUGAUGAUUUCUGUUGCCUACAUUGAUCCGGGGAACUACGCUACAGAUGUCGCGGCCGGCGCUUCUUUCCAGUACAAGUUGCUCUUCGUUGUACUUAUGUCAAACAUCUUCGCAAUUUUCCUGCAGACCCUCUGCAUCAAGUUGGGUUCUGUGACCGGUAUGAAUCUUGCUGAAAACUGCAAGGCUCAUCUCCCCCCAUGGCUGAACUAUACUCUUUACUUCUUCGCCGAGUCAGCUAUCAUCGCAACUGAUAUCGCUGAGGUCAUUGGUACUGCAAUCGCGUUGAAUAUCUUGCUCAAGGUCCCUCUGGUCGCCGGAUGCGCUAUUUCCAUCGUAGACGUUCUGAUCAUCCUUCUCUUCUACUCUCCAUCAGGCUCUAUGCGUGCCCUCCGUGGCUUCGAAAUUUUUGUGGCGUUACUUGUCUUGGGUGUUGUGGUGUGUUUCUGCUUCGAGCUCAGUAAGAUCCACGCUUCAGUGGGAGAGAUUUUCUAUGGCUAUGUGCCAUCUUCGACCUUAGUCAAGUCGCAAGCAUUGUACCAAGCCUGUGGUAUCCUGGGCGCCACAGUUAUGCCUCACAGUCUCUACCUCGGCAGCGGCAUUGUUCAACCACGCUUGCGCGAGUACGAUGAAAAACACCAUCUAAUUCCCGCUCGCGACGAAGAAGUUGAUUCCCUUUCGGAUGAGUUGAAGUACAAGCCCUCUCUUGCUGCCAUCAAACACUGCAUGAACUACAGCAUCGCGGAGCUUGCUAUAUCGCUCUUCACGUUUGCUCUGUUCGUCAACUCGGCUAUUCUAAUCGUGUCCGGUGCCUCACUGUACGGCCAGACUGAGGCGGCGGGCGCCGAUCUCUUCUCCAUCCAUGGUCUGCUGUCUAGUUCCAUUGCGCCCAUCGCAGGCACUCUAUUCGCGCUGGCGCUACUUCUAUCCGGAACAUCAGCUGGCAUCGUCUGCACGAUUGCCGGUCAGAUGGUCUCAGAAGGGCAAUUGAACUGGACGAUGAAACCCUGGCUUCGUCGUCUCAUGACACGCUCGAUCAGUAUCACGCCGUCCAUCAUCAUCGCUGGCGCUGUUGGACAAGAUGGAUUGAGCAAGGCCUUGAACGGCAGCCAGUUCGCACUAAGUGUCAUUCUGCCGUUCGUCAGCGCACCACUGAUCUGGUUCACCUGCCGUGCACAGUAUAUGAAAGUCGCUGUGCGGCCAGACGCUGACGCUGACGGGUUUCGCGCCGAAGGCGAUGGUAUUGGAGAAGGAGUCGUGCAGAUGCGAAAUCACUGGAUCACGACAGCAUUUGCCGUUGUGAUCUGGGGUGUCAUCGUUAUCAUGAACGUCGCUGCUCUAGUUUUCGCAGGUAUGGGAGUCGGCUAAACAUCUUCGACCAAAAUUCGGUAAGGUCAACCGACGCAAAUGAGCUCAACAUCAUGCGAGGCCACCAGAAACAAGUAUCACUGGGUUCGCGCGAAGACCUUUUCACAGCCUCUUGAUACGCAGCUGGGUGUACAUCAUUCGAACGUCGCAGCGUGCAACAUUGUAUUGCUAAGUACCGCAGCGUGCCCGUGGGUGCUACCUGUCAAUUGUACAAAGCCCUGUCCCUUCCAUCAACGAUUACCUCAUACCUAGUGCACCCCUUUUCUACAGCAUUCAUGAAACUUUUAGUACUAUCAUCAGUAUAAUGACUUCCAUUGGUGAGUGGCAAAUGAGAGACAGUUGCUGUGACCAAGCGGGAGAGCGCACUGCCCACUUGAAAAAUUAACGACGUUUGUCAUGCGCG